AUGACGCAAAACGAGACACAAUGGAAAUUUAUUCCACCAAAAUCUCCACAUUGGGGAGGAAUUUGGGAGGCUGCUAUUAAAAGCGCCAAGUAUCACAUCGCAAGACUCAUCGGCUUAACAAAACUAACAUUCGAACAAUUCUCAACUAUUCUUAGUCAAAUCGAAGCAAUAUUAAACUCACGGCCUCUGAGUGCCUUAUCCAACGAUCCCUCAGAUUUUCAAUAUCUAACUCCUGGUCAUUUCCUGAUCGGAUCAAGUCUAACAGCCUACCCAGAGAAAGAUUUAACACAUGCACCAGAAAACAGACUUAAAUUUUGGCAGCAAUGUGCGAAAACUCAGCAACUGUUUUGGAAAAGGUGGUCUGUGGACUAUUUGAAUAGACUGCAGAAUAGACCAAAAUGGCUUAAAACUUAUGAGAAUCUACAAACAAAUGAUCUCGUCCUUUUGAAGGAAGAAAACGUUCCACCUCUCUAUUGGCCUAUGGCAAGAGUCAUUGAGGCCAUAAGCGGACCUGACGGAAAAGUCAGGGUCGUACGCCUAAAAACUAAAACAGGCGAAACUACUAGAGCUAUAACUAAACUGUGCCCACUCCCCAAAUAA